AUGGAGGCGAUACUCGACAAGCGCGAGGGCCAGGUGACCGUCGACACCACACGCACCUCGCUCAACGGCUUUGGCGUGUUUGCGAUCAUCGUGUUUGCGUGCGUCUCGCUCAUCGUCAUCCGCCCGCUCAACAUCCGCGUCCCACAGCGUCUCGCCCGUCCCCUCCGCCGCAUCGGCACCAAAGUCUGGCUCGCACUCGCCGGCCCCCCAGACGCAUCCGAGGACAGCAAAGAUGACGAGCGCACCGUCGAGCAGCAGCUGGGCUCGACUGCGAAACCGAUGUACGUCACCAUUGACCAUGUGUCGGCGCCCGUGAUUGGCGUGCUGGUGCUGUUGGCCACCACGACGAUCGGCGGCGAACAGGUGCGCCAGGGCAUCGUGGGCGAGGACGGCAUCGAGCCGUACGACGUGCUGGCGCUCUUCAUCUCGCUCGCCUACAUCGCCAUCUCGCUCGACGCGACCGGUCUGCUGCGAUACCUCGCCUUCCUCAUCUGCCUCAAAGCAGGCCGCAACGGCCGCGAAGCCAAGGGCAAAACCCUCUUUCUCUUGCUCUACUUUUUCUUCUGGUCCGCAGGCGUGCUCGUCGGAAACGACCCCGUCAUCCUAUCGGGAACUGCGUUCUUGGUGUACUUCACCCGCGUCGCCGGUAUCUCCCCGCCCGACGCCUGGAUCUGGGCCGAAUUCGUCGCGGCCAAUGUGUCGUCGGCGGUGCUCGUCAGUUCCAACCCCACCAACCUCGUCAUUGCGACCGGCUUCGACGUCAACUUCAUCACAUACACAGCCUACAUGGUGCUCCCCGCCUUUGGGUCGGCAGUCGGCGGUCUGGCUGCCAUGCUCGUCUUCUUCCGCAAUCGAGAUGCGCCCAAGCACGAGCCCAACGCCGAUGCAGACCAAAAGUCGUCGCUCCGAAAGCUCGUCGAAAGCGUUCCUGGUAUGCGCUCCAAAGCGCGCAGCGACGGGGCCGAGGGGAUGCGUCAUAGAUCCAGUGCGCCUGCCGAGGGGUCUGACGAUGCGCACCCAGGCGCGCACACGAACGGUGCGACCACGGGUGUGGCGUCGGAAACUGCAUCCACUGCGCCGCUCGGGGGUGAUGGAGACGAGGCGGGGAAACGCAAGCGCACGCCACUCAUCUAUAUCCCCGACACCAUCAUCCGGCCGGACGUCGACCCGCGCGCAGCACUCGUCGACAAGACCGGCGCGAUCUUUGGCAGCAUCGUCAUGGCCGCCACGCUCGCCACGCUCGUGGGGACGUCGGUGGUGGGUGGGGUCAAGGUGUUUGAGAUCGCGGUGCCCGGUGCGGUGCUGUGCCUGGUGCGCGAUGCGGCGGCCGACUGGCUCAAGUGGCGCAAACUCCAACUCGACAAGGCUUCCUCCACGGACGAAGUGGAGAACUCCAAUGUCGCGCCCAACGAGGCGACUCGAGAGGCAGGGAGCAAGGUAGAGACGUCCAGGGCGGCUGUGGAGGAGGUGGAAGCAAUCGAGAUGCAGACGCUCUCGGCUUCGCGUCCCGACACAGUGCAGCCGACCACCUCCAAAACCUCGCUCGAGUCGGGUCCUCCUCCUGCUGCGAGUCGGAACGUGAUUCGUAGGAUGCAACGCUUGCAUGCACGGGUGGUGGACAUGUUCCCCACCGUCAGCAUCGUGCUCUCGCGCCUGCCGUUCCCGCUUUUGCCGUUUGCAUUCUCCAUGUUCAUCCUGGUGCAGGCGCUUGCGCACGUUGGAUUCAUCAACAUCCUCGCCGCCGGCCUCGGUCGCGUCUGCUCCGCCGGCUACAUCCCCACCGCCUUCUUCAUCUCGGUCCUCGGCAUCGUACUGUGCAAUAUCGGAGGCACCAACAUCGGCGCCACCAUCCUGCUCACCAAAUCGAUUCGAAGUCCAUACUUUGCCGAAAAGAUCGCCGGGUUGGCGCAGACGGAUCGCGAGCUCGUCAUGAAGGUCGCUCAGUACUCGAUCGCGUUUGGCUCCAACGUAGGCGCAUUGGGUGGCACUUUUGCGGCUAGUUUGGCGGGGUUGCUCUGGUUAAGCGGUCUCAGACAGGGCGGAAUCAGUGUACGGGCGAGACAGUUCUUGCUGUGGUGUGCAGUGGUCAUUGUACCCAGCACCGUCAUUGGCAUCGCCAUCAUCGUGGCCGAAGUGAGGUACUUUCAUGUAAGCGCAUAG